UUUCCUUUAAUGUGUAACAUAUAUAUCCUAGCUAUGAAGAACCUGGCAUACUGUAGCAGGAGGGGAUGUUUGCGAUGACACCAUUUCUAGGACUUCUUAGGAAAGAGCCAUUCGUCAGUUUGGGAGCAUGCGCGCCCUUCUGUCCCUCUUAUAGAAUAGAUCAGCAAGGAGGACGUUUAUAUAUACUUGGUAUCAUCUUUCGUUGCGCUGUCUGCGACACUUAAACGACUCCCCACUCCGUAACUCGAACAGCAUGGCUCCUGAGACUCAGGCCGAUAUCGCGAUACGACUGUACAGCUCGCGCAGCUCCAGCUACGAUGACAGCUGGCAUGCUUCAUUCACCAAACGCUUCGUUUCCUACCUUAAUCUCUCUCCUGGGCAGCAGGUUCUGGAUCUAGCAUGCGGGUCCGGACUCCUAUCAUUUCUCGAAGCUGAUGCGGUGGGUUCUUCUGGCCGCGUCAUCGGCGUCGACGUGACGAAGGGGAUGCUUUCUGAAGCGAUUGCAAAGCGAGACAGAGAGACUGAGAAGUUCUCUAAUUUAAAAUUUUACGAAGGCGAUAUCCUCAAGCUGGAACAAGUUGAAGCCGUAAAGGAUCAGACCUUUGACCUCGUCACCUUGGCUUCAGCUCUAGUGCUGUUUCCGGACCCCGGGGCUGCUGUAAGAUAUUGGUCAGAUUACUUGAAACCUGGCGGAUGCAUUGCGCUAGACGCUACGCAUCCUAAUAACAUAAUCUUCGGGAUGGUACUCGAGAGAACAGGGCGAAGACUCGGUCUUUCGAUACCAUACCACCGGGAAUGGAGUAAGUCAAAGGAUACAUUGAGGGACGUGUUAGAGACGGCGGGGCUUGAAGUUGAGCAAGUUGUUACUAUCGACAACCAGGCGGGAUACGGAAGACGAUACUACGAGAUAUCCGACGCUGAUGACCAAUUUGAGAGAAACAUUAUCCUUGGAGACGCUGCCACGACCUUCGCGGAUCCCGAGAUCCGGAAAAGGGCGAAAGCAGUCUUCAAAGAGGAAUGGGAAAAGCUGGCUGUGAAUGGGAAGGUCGAGGAAGUAGACGCGGUGUUUCUUGGGAUUGCUCGAAAACGUACGACUCCCGGUACCAUUCUAGUAUCCGGAAAGUCACAUACCGAUGUUCUCCUCUCAGGGGGUUGCCGUUGUCAAGGAGUGAGAUACCAAAGCACCGCGCCACCGUCGAGCAUAACGUUCUGCCACUGUCGAGCAUGUCAACAAGUCUCAGGGGCUCCCUUCCUUCCGUUCAUCCAAGUGCCAACAUCUUCAUUCAAAUUCACCUCAUCUUCCACCCUGAGGACUUUGAAACUCUCGGACGCAGCAGAGAGAACAUUUUGCUCGACAUGCGGUAGCCCUAUCACAAUGGUGUAUCUGUUUGAAGGGAGAAAGGAAGGGACCAGCUUGACCAUGGGAUCAGUUGAUACGGAAAGCCUCAAGUGUGAGAUGCCGAAAGUCCGCAAGCACAUCUUCUUAGGCGAAAAGGCUCCGUGGUUUGAACUGUCCGAUGAUGGGGUUGAAAGGAUGGAGACAAGCCUCGAGGCGCACUUGAUUAAGCCAUACCUGGUGCCCCGCUCCAGUGCCUAGUCAUUAUCGGCCUAUUGGACAGCCUCGCGUCUAAUGUACAUUUCAGUCGAAUUUCCAAAGUCCGGAAUAUUCUGCAGAUGUACGAAGAGUACCUGCCAAUGAGAAAAAGUAUUUAUUUCGUAGGAUCCGCAAAGGUUGGCAAAGGGUCCAAAGACGAGGAUGGUAUACGUCGGCACUAAAUUGCAGAUGGUCACAAACACCCUUAGACUCUA